UCAUCUUGUGUUCUUCCAGAUUUUUUUUUUCCCGACCAAAAACCCUACUAUUCCCUAAUCCAGAUGGGGCUCUUCUCGUGGUGGAAGGGGCAGCGGAGCGGCGGCUCGCCGGAGCCGGCGAAGGGAGCGGGUGUAUUGGUGGCCGAGGUAGCCGCGGAGGGCACUCAGGGGGCGGUGGAGGUGCGGCGGCGGCGGCAGGCGGACGCGACCGUCUUCGAGUUCGGGUCGGCGGCGGAGUCCGGCGCCGCCGUGACGCUCGCGGGGUACUGCCCCGUGUCCGAUGACCUCGAGCCCUGCCGCUGGGAGCUCGUGCCGGCCGCCGGCGAGGGCGCGCCGCAGUUCCGCAUCGUCUUCUAAGAGGGCUACUAGGAGAGGGAGAGGGCGUCCACGUACUCCGGCACCUGUCAUCUCGACAUGAUGACAUCUUGGGAUGUACCAGGUUUUAUAGGGCUAGGGCCACGAGUUGACGGCAACCUUGGAUGUUUACCAAACUGGAACCUGAACCUCUAUCAAACAAUGGUUGAAUACUCGAUUGUAAAGAACAUGAAUACCUACCUCGCAGUUUGAGUCAUAACUUGUAAAAACCAGUAUUCCUGGUUCGGCUUGAUGUUCAAGGAUAGCUUUAAGAAUCAACAUGUGCAUCUGAGAUUAGAAAAAUGUUUGCUGCUUUAUAUUGAUACCAAUUUUAGCCUGCUGUCAAUUGUUGUGGUUUGUAUGUGUGGAAGCACUACUCAAUAAAUAAUCCUCGGUGUGCUAAUUUGAUGAAGCACUUUAUUCUUUAUG